AUGUCUGUCACUCUCCACACCACUCAAGGUGACCUCAAGGUCGAGCUAUUCUGCGAAGCAGUCCCAAAAACCGCCGAGAACUUCCUUGCCCUCUGCGCAUGUGGCGCAUAUAACGACACACCUUUCCACCGCCUCAUUCCAGGCUUCAUGAUACAAGGCGGUGACAUCUCCCUCGGCCCAGCCGCUCAACAGUCAACCACAUCCAAACCCGUGCUCUCACACGAAAUCCCCAAAGGCGGCACAUCCAUAUAUCACCCCUCGGCGAUGAACCAAGAAAUUCACCUGCCCGCGCUAAAACACAAUUCGCGCGGUAUCUUAUCCAUGGCCUCCCGCCCGGUGAAGGAUAUAACGGCUCCGGGGUCGCAAAACGCCACUGGUGCCACGAUUAACGGUAGCCAAUUCUUUAUUACGUUUGCGCCAGCGCCGCAUCUUGAUGGGGCGAGUACUGUCUUCGGAAAAGUGCUGAAUUUGGGUGCGCAAGAUGAGGGUGGAGAUGUGCUUUCCAAGUUGGAGAAGGCAAAUGCCAAGGUCGAUAAGAAAGGCAAGGUGUCUCAACCCAAGGAAGGUGAUGACUUUGAGGCUCUUCAGAUCAAGAGUGUUACGAUUCAUGCAAACCCAUUCGCUACGUGA